UGAUUUUACUGUUAAUAGUUAAUCUUGAAACAAAGAUUACUGUUUUGUAUGCUUACAAGAAUUCCUGCUAGCAAGAGGAAGACAAAGGUCUAACCUUAAAAACAUAGUAGCUACUAUAUUUUUGGUAUAUGUCAUGUUUCAAUAUUCUUUUAUAAGUAUAUUUUCAAGCUAUAAAAUAUAAAGGAUUUUUCACUUAUUCCUUUUCCUAACAGGACAUGUUCAAAAAGAGAUCGAUUUAGUCAUCGGCCCAAACAAAAUGCCUACUUUGGAAGAGAAAUGUAAAAUGCCAUAUACUGAGGCUGUUCUCCACGAAGUUCUAAGAUUCUGUAACAUAGUUCCACUAGGUAUUUUUCACGCAACCUCCAAAGAUACUGUUGUACGUGGUUACUCUAUUCCUGAAGGCACUACAGUUAUUACAAACCUCUACUCUGUACAUUUUGAUGAAAAAUACUGGAACAACCCAGAAGUGUUUUUUCCUGAGAGAUUUUUGGACAGCAGUGGACAGUUUGUCAAGAAAGAUGCAUUUAUUCCUUUUUCAUUAGGAAGAAGACAUUGUCUUGGAGAACAGCUAGCUCGAAUGGAACUGUUUUUGUUUUUCACUUCGUUACUACAACGAUUUCACCUGUGUUUUCCUCAUGGUGUGAUUCCAGAUCUCAAACCAAGAUUAGGCAUGACAUUACAACCACAGCCAUACCUCAUUUGUGCAGAAAGACGAUGAAGAGAGGUGUCUAGACUGUCAGGCGGAGUAAAAUGGUCACUUGCCUUCUAUUUCUAAAUGUAUUCAAGUUGGAAGAACAAAAAUGUUAAUGACUUAAACUAUGGUUAUUUGUGCACAAGUUCAUGGUUUCUUUUUACUUAGUUUUCACAAAGCAGACAAAAAAACACUCUCAACCAAGAAUAUAAAACAAAUCCUGCGUUUAAAGGUGACAUUUCCACUCCAUAAAUUUGUUUUGAAUCUAACUUCUGAUUCAGCUUUUAAUUUCUUAGCAAGCUAUUUUACUUUGAGAGAGUAUUUUUAUGACAUAGAGAAUAUGGCUUAAAUUUUUAUACUUUUAUAUACAGAUUUAUCUGUAGAAAUCCUGUAUACCUUAUUCCAGCAAAGCUGAAAUAUAUAAUUCUCUAUUAAAUUCACACAGCUAAAAUGAUUUUAAAGGUAUGUUUAAAUUUCUGUAACUGAGAAAUUAUAAUUUGCGACCUCGACAAAUAAGUCUAUAAUUAAAGCAUUUCAAUCCUUCCUUCAUCAU